UUGGUUUGCUCAGUUUACUCUUCGACCUUCGACGGUUCGACCUUCGUUAUCAUGAGCUGAUCAGCUCAUCACGUUUCUCUCCUUUCAAAUAAAAAAACUUAGGUAGGGUACACCUACAUACUCAUUAUAUAUUCAUAAAAGAAAUCCCAUAACCUGUGCGUCACAUGGCGAAUGUGUGGCAGAAUAUUCUUGCAUCAGACGCACUCUGCAAUCAUUUACGAACUCCCAACAAUCCUUGCUUGAAAACCCUUUAUUUACGUCGCCGAGCUCUUUUGCUGCAAGAAAAAUCUACCAAAGUAUCAAGCAGUGAGGAGAGUUUCAGACGUUCUUACUUGCAGCUACGCUCUACAAUCUUGUAUGAAAGAUAUGGGGUACCAAAGGAAAUUCUGUGCUCUCGUAGUCGCUCUGUUAGUCUACGUGGAAUGAAUGUAUCCUUGUCUGAGAACAAAAACCACAAUUCUCAAGAUGACCGAUACAUGACAAUUCAGCAAAUGUUGGAUCAUCAUAAAGAAGCUAUUUCAAAUCUUACAUUUGCAAAAGAUGAAGCAUCCCUUCUUGCAUGUGCUUCAUUUGAUGGAACCUUGUCGAUUUGUGAAGUUUCACCCAUAUGCAGAGUCUUACACAUCCUAUCUGGUCAUGCAGCAGCAGUAACAGAGGUACAUUGGUCGGACAGAAAUGAGUGGCUUUUGAGUUGCUCCUUGGACGCAUCACUUCGAUUGUGGGAUGCACAAACCGGGAAAUGUUUGCGAAUAUUUCGUGAUCCGACCAAGUCAUCCAUCAAUUGCUGUGCGUUUUUACCUUCCAACAACAAUCUAGUCGUAGCCGGGAACAAACGUGGUAUGGUUCAAAUACUCAACAUUUCAACAGGCAUCUUCCCGCUUAAUGGUAGCAGUCAAAUCGGAGCUCCAGUUACUUGCCUCACUUGUGAUGGGUUGGGUAGAUUAAUAUGGGCUGGUGACGAUCGGGGUUACAUAAACUCGUUUCUUGUGGAUUCAGCAACGGGUCGACUAACUAAAGGACGUCGUCUUGAAAUUCAACCUUCAGUGCGUUCUCAAGGACCAUUGGUCACCUCAAUUUCUUUCACGGCAUGGGCUGGUCGAGGUGGACGUGAUCCUAGCCUCCUAGUCAGUUGCGCUGCUAAUGCUCUAUUUUUAUACAAAAUUGUCGAUGAACAAGGAGGACUUCGCCUGAAACGAAGAUGCCCGUUAGCACACCAUCAGUCUAAAAUUCGAUCAGAGUUUUGUCCAGUGUCAUCUCAGCCAGGAGCGUGGUGCCCCAAUCUAGUGUCUGGUGGUGAGGAUGGGUGCAUCUAUUUUUUGCAUGUUGAUGCUACGUCAACUACAACUCGUCGCAUUCCCGCACACGCUUCUGCCGUGCUAUCGGUGGCAGCCAACUACAACGGAGCUCUUUUAGCUUCAGGAGAUAGCCGUGGUAUUAUUAUGCUCUGGGGAAAACCAUCCCAUUGAAACUCCUCCCUACUAAUCAAAUCAAUGCUCUAAUGUCUAACAAAUAUGGUCAUUGAUCUCUCAACGCGGAUUGUCAACGCUAGUAGGAAACGCAGCAAGCAGCCCAUUCUUUUAAAAUUAGAUUUAUAUGUUGAGCUAGCAACUAUUCUGGUGAAAAUUCGUUAAGUGUUGCUUUUCCGGUUCCGUCCAGAGAAUCCCGUUUAUUGACAUUCUGCAAUCGCGAAGAUAAAAACACGCCCCUUAAAAAGUUUGCAGGAUGUGAGUUGUAUACGUACUUGCGUCAUUUUCUGGCGUAUUGCUGUUUGCAAACAUCAAAAGAAACCCGUAAUGAUGUAAUUACGACUGUUAAACGAAGACGCUAGUAAUGUUGCUCCACAUUUUAUUGCCGUGCAUGCUUUAACCUUCAUGUUUGGUAGUCAUAGGAUAAACGAAACUUUCGUCCUUUCUAUCAGUAGUAAUCGGAAUUCUGAAAUCCCAACUUUUAUUGAACCAAUCACCUGUAUGGCGGAAUUCUCAUUCACGUCGGAUACCUUUGGUUCAGUUCUCGGCUUUGACGUUUUAGCAACGUGAUUUCAUUACGUUAUGAAAAACGUGAAAUCCAAUGACGUCAUUUUCAGGCUAUUUUUAAUAAGUCACGAUUUUCGUCAUGGUCCAUUGUCAGAAUUUGAAAAGAUUUGGAAAUGCGGUGACCAUUAAGGCAUCGAGAACGAGAUUGAACCGCAACCCGGUUCCGUUGGGUUAACUGUGAUGACUCACCACUGGUAUUUCAAAAGAAAACAAGCAAAAAGAAAAAAAAAAACCCUUCCGCAAAAUGGUGCUUCACAAGCAACGUUUGGCAAUAGUGUUGUCUCCUUUCUACGAACCGAGGCGCCACUGACAACAAAAAACAACAGAGAGAGGGCUGGACCCGCUGGAGUCGUAUUUCUCAGCCAGUUGGUCCUAGCCAGUCGAUAGUUUCAUUUGGUUGUUCGGCGCAGUGGGCGUUAGAAAACAAGUUCUCCUCCAGUUUAUUCAAAAUAUCGAGUAUUAUUUAGUACUUGCCAGAAAUGGAAAAAGGAAACCCUCCCCCGUACGCACCUUCUGCACCUCCCCCAGGAUUUAUAAUGCAAGAAGAACAGAAAUGCUACCCUGCACUGCCAGUGGCCGACCCUGCUCCCACUGUUAUUCACGUUGGGAACCAACAGGCCGCACCACCGCAAGUGAUCGUCGUAGGAGGAGGAUGCCCGAAAUGUCACGUGGGUUCGAUUCACACUAGCCACAUCACGUGCUGCGGAAUAUUGUGGGCUAUUUUACUAUUUCCAGUCGGAUUACUUUGCCUUUUGUGUUGCACUAAAAAGAGGUGCACCAACUGUUCAUACACAGACUAAUAAUUAUGAACCCGCAUGUGCUGACGUUUUGCAACAAGUGCAGGAUAAGUCGAUUAUUUGGAAGCUUGAAAAUGAAGGGUUUCAUUUAUCCUUGAAAGAAAGAAAGACCAAAAACAAGGAAUAACUAUUAAGUAUUACACACUAUUUUCUCUUGCUUGAAAAAAAAAAAGAAAAUUU